AUGGAGAGAGAAUUAUUAAGUCUCCGAGCUGUUGGCCAUGUUGUUUUUCCGUGGCUGGAGCUUCUGUCAUCUCUGAGUUUCAGGACCUUCUACAUCCGUGAUUCAAUCUCUGUGAUGACACCGGAGCUGAAAAUGGCACCGCCCUUGAUUCCUCGUCAGUAUGGCAAGGAUGGGCCAUGUGGAGGCCAAACCGUCCCAGCUGGCGAGGUCACACUGGCACCGGGGGAAAAAGUGUGCGUCUCUUCCCCGAAUUUCCCCAAUAAUUACCCUAGCAACGCGUUUCUUCAGUGGAUUGUGAGAAUAUGGGUGAUUUACUGCGGUGACAAGGGACCCACCAACGUGUUUGAAACGUGUUCAUCCCUCGCUGUGUUAAUUUUCAAAAGUGACGGUCAAGGAGAAAAACAAGGGUUUUCCUGCUCCAUCGCCGAUACUGCUUCUGCGCCGGCCGGACCUUAUGAUUGCAAGUGCGCGGCGUCCCAACCGGAAGAGCAGAAUCGUGGGCGCGCAAAGGAGACGGACGUGAACGAGUAUCCUUGGCUUGUGGGCGUGUCUCUGAAGGGGAAGCCUGACACGCCCUUUUGUGGGGGUUCCAUCUACAACGACGAGUGGGUCAUCACAGCCGCCCACUGUUUCGACAAAAUUUCCCCACAUUACUCUGAGGUUCUGUUCAACAUGUGGGCUUGGCGAUAUGGUCCCACCGCCAUAUAUUAUCGAGAUGUGGACGAUUACGUCAUUCAUCCUGCGUAUGACAAGAGCACAGUAAGUUUCGAUAAUAAGAAAAAAGAAAAGAAUAAAGAAAGAAAAGGAAAAGUACUUUUUUCGGGUU